AUGGCACCAGGACGCACUCACUCGCCCACUCCCUCAGAGGAAACAGCAAACUUCCGGCCCAAGCUAUACAUGAUCGAUAAGCUCCACCCGGCCGCAGUCGCACAUGCUCAGGAACUCUUCGAGGUCGUCCUCCCCACCGAUCCAGAGAUUGUAAAUUGGCAACGAAACGCGGAAUAUCUCCUCGUUAAAUCUUCCAGCAUUACAUCAUCRCAGAUUGCUGCUUGCACAAAGCUCCGAGCGAUUGGCAAGCAGGGUGUGGGCCUGGACAAAAUCGAUCUCGAGGCUUGCGCGAAAGCCAAUGUGCGCGUUUUCAACACCCCCGGCGUGAAUGCAGGAUCGGUGGCGGAGCUUGUGCUUGGACUUACGAUGGCGGUUGCAAGACAAAUCGGAUCGAUCCAGGUGCGGCAACAAGCUGGAGAGCUGGUACACAAGGAGACCGUUAGUGGACAAUCUGUGCGUGGAAAGAGAUUGGCGUUGAUUGGGAUGGGGAACAUCAGCAGAGAAGUUGCGAAGAUCUUUCGAUCGGCCUUCGACGCGGAAAUCUUUGCGUAUGAUCCGUUUGCCCCCGUUGACGCGUGGAAGGACAUUGCGCAUGUGCGAGUGAAUAAAGUAACGGAUGCAUUGCGUGGAGCGGAUAUCCUGUCGGUACACGUGCCAUUGACGGAGGAUACGCGCAAUCUUAUCGGUUUGGACGAAAUGCGCCUACUCAAGCCGACGUCGAUUGUCAUCAAUGCUGCUCGAGGUGGCAUUGUUUCGGAGGAGGAUCUAGUUGUAGCACUCGAGGAUGGAGUCAUCUGGGGUGCUGGUAUAGACUGUCAUGUGGAGGAGCCUCCCUCAUUAGCAACCUACGGGCGACUGUGGUCGCACCCGCGUGUUGUCAGUACUCCACACAUCGGCGCAGCCACUUCGGAGACGCAGCGAGACACAGCCAAGGCCGCCAUCGACUAUGUACAUCGGUUCGCCACGACAUAG